UGCUGUAGACUGUCAGUGGCUCACUGGAGGGGUAAUGUGGCUGUCGGUGGGUUUAUUGUUGCUGCUGGUUCUGUACUUUAUAGUCAGGUCUUUUCGCCGUCCAACCGCGAGUCCGAACCCUUUUGCUGUGGAUACAAGGAGACCCCCAGAGCCUCUGGUGACAGAUGAAGAAGCAAGGAAGAAAGUUCUCCACAAAGGUUUUUCUGCAAAUAAAGUGCCAGAACAGCUGGAUGCCAUUGUGAUUGGCAGUGGAAUUGGUGGACUAACUGCUGCAGCAAUAUUGGCAAAAUCUGGCAAGCGUGUUUUGGUGCUGGAACAGCAUGACCAAGCUGGGGGAUGCUGUCACACAUUUAUUAAAAAAGGCUUUGAAUUUGAUAUCGGAAUCCAUUACAUAGGAAGACUCCACGAGGGGUCCUUACUGCGGACUUUACUAGACCAGAUCACAGAUGGACAACUGGAAUGGGUGAAAAUGGAUGAUGUUUUUGACCACAUAAUCCUGGGGGAACAUCAGAGUUUACGCACAUAUCAGUUAUGCAGCGGGGAGGAAAAUUAUCAACGUCAUUUGAAGACGCAGUUCCCUGAGGAAAAAGAAGCUAUUAAUAAAUACCUGAAGCUUAUAGAGAUGAUUGGAAAAAGAUUACCACUGUUAGUCAUAAUAAAAGUGAUCCCUCUUCAACUGGCCAGGUUCCUCAUAAGGAUUGGAAUCAUCCACUGGUUCACAUCAAUUUUCAAGCUGGCUUCUACCUCACUUUCAGAUGUGGUUAAUAACCUGACAAAAAAUAAUGACCUUCGGACCGUGAUGUGUUACCUCUGCGGGGAUUAUGGAGUCAUGCCUAGAGAUGCCAGCUUUGUGAUGCAUGCCUUAGUUGUCCAGCAUUACCAAAAAGGUGCAUGGUACCCAAAAGGAGGGGCUAGUGAGAUUGCCUUCCACAUAAUCCCAGUUAUUAAGAAAAGUGGAGGAGAUGUCCUUAUGCGGGCACCUGUUCAACGUAUACUAGUAAAUGAAGAUGGUGAAGCAUACGGUGUUACUGUGAAGAAGGGGGAAGAUGAAAUAAACCUGUUUGCUCCUAUUGUGAUUUCUGAUGCGGGAAUAUUUAAUACCUAUGAGCAACUGUUACCACGUGAAGUGCAAAGUAAACCAGCAAUCCAGGCACAGGUGAGCUCAGCACACCACGGAGUGGCAGGAUUCAGUGUAUUUGUCGGCCUUAAUGGUUCAAAGGAAGAGUUGGGGUUGAAAGCAGCAAAUUACUGGUUCUUCAAGGAAAACAACAUUGAUGAUCUAUUCAUGAAAUACUUGUCACUCAAGAAUAAAGAUUUCACUGAAGGAUGUCCAAUGAAAUUUGUCUCCUUUCCAUCAGCUAAAGAUCCUACUUGGAAUGACAGAUUUGCAGGCAAAUCCAGUAUGGUUAUAGUGACCUUUGUAUGCUACGAGUGGUUUGAAAAAUGGAAAGAUGAACGUGUGAAGAAGCGAGGAGAAGACUAUGAAAAUUUAAAGAUGGCUCUUGCCAGGAAUUUGAUAGACCAAACUACUGAGUACUUUCCACAACUCAAAGACAGGAUUGAGUACAUCAAGGUUGGCUCUCCACUUACCAAUCAGUUCUACAUUGCUGCUUCACGUGGAGAGAUAUACGGUGUUAGUCAUGAUUUGUCCCGUUUCGCUCCAGAGACUAUUGCCUCCUUUAGAGCAAAAACACCAAUCAAAAACCUUUACUUAACAGGUCAGGAUGUAUUUUCAUGUGGUUUCUCUGGAGCUAACCAUGGAGCCCUUAUUUGUGCAUCUGGAGUUCUUCACCGCAAUCUGUACAGGGAUAUCAUGAACCUUAAGAAGAACAUCAAAAAAGACAAGGCCAAAAAGGAAGCUUAACAGUGCAGAGAAACCUUAACAAUGCAUUGUUAAGGUUUUAAUUCUGCUUUAGCGAUAACCAACAUUGACAUUCAGUUCCUGAGGGAAGUCAAAGGCCUCAGAUAGAUUUGUUUGUGGGACUACAAUUUUGCCACUGAGACAAGUGGCUUUUUGAGCCUAUGUACAGAAAAUAAUGGGAACUAGUAACCUUUUGCAUAACAAAUCUGGAUCUAUUGGCAGUGUGCACACAACUGAUUUUUAAUCCAGAUUAUCCAUCAUCAUAUGCAAACUGUAACUUUAUUUUGCUUUCAAUUCUCAGAAUCCAAUUCACAAUUCAGAUUAUUAAUGCAAAAUUUAAUGUGCGAUAAUUUGCAAAGAAUUGAGUUGUUUGGGAAAUUAAACUUGAGAAUCAACUCUUUUGUUAAGUAAGCUGGGAUAGCUCACGCAUGAAAGAAGCAGCCACAGAUCUCGUGAAUUGUCCAGAUGCUCCACUAGAUACUUUCCAAAAAAAACACAGGCUACUUUACAUUGUUUCCAAAGUGACCCCUUGUUUUUGAAUAUUAAUUCUAGAUUUUCUCCACUAUAGGAAACAUCCUUGUCCACUUCCACCCUGUUUAAGAUCCCUCAAAGUGUUUUAUGUUUCAAUCAUCCCUUCUCACACCUGUAAACUCCAACAAUGCAAGUUCUGCCUCUUUUCAACCUUUCCUCACAAGACAACUCCCAUUACAGGGAUUUGUCUUGUCAACCUUCUCUGAACUGCCUCCAAGUCAUUUAAUGUCCUUCCUUAAGGAGACUGAUACUGUACAUGGUACUCCACAAGUUUAGAUUCAAUACAAUAGUUUUGACUUUACACUGGUGGUGCCUUUUAUUGUGUAUGUCCUGGAUGAUGGCAAAGACAAGUGCGAUUUCACCCCAUUCUGCAAUCAAGCAUUGAAUUUAAAGUCACAUUUAAACAACUACCAAAUCUACACCCACCAUUUAUAUAUAACUAUAUGGCAGUGCAAAGCAUAUUUUUUUAAUUUUACAGUGGGUGGAAAAAUUUGCAGAAUACCAGAUUUAUUUGAUUGAUGUAGUGUUGGUGGUCACCAUGAAAGUGCUUUGCACUAUCUGUGGUUAACUUUAAGUGAUUGCAGUUUAAAAUCAAGGGGUAGGAGCCCACUCUGAUUACCCCAGUCCAAAGGUUGCCUUGCAUUUGGAGAUGCAAGAGAUUGCAGGUGCUGGAAAUCUGGCACAACACACAGAAGCUGGAGGAAGUCAACCUAACCUGCUGAAUUCCUCCAGCUCCUUGGUGUGUUGCCUUGCAUUUGUUGGGUUUUUACUGAGAGCUGAACUACCCAGUUCACAACAACCAAGUUUCUCAACUGUCUUACUAAGAGGUGCCUGAUAAAUUGUUGGCAAGGCAAAGUUUCUCAUUCCAGCACUUAAGAGGGUGAGACAUAAGAGAGUGCAGAUGUUGGAAUCUGGAGCAACAAACUGAGUCCUGAUGCAGGGUCUUCACCCAAAACGUCAACAAUUCAUUUCCCUCCACAGAUGCUGCUGGACCCGCUCAGUUCUUCCAGCAGAUUGUUUGUUGCAAAAGAGGACGAUGUGAUUCAACACAGUCAUACGUUUAAGCAAACACGGGGGCAGAUGACUGACGAUACAAGCAAUGAAACUACUUAAUAUUUUAUCAUCUCAGCAGAAAUAUCCAAAAUGUCAUUCGUGUAAUUACAAAACACCACUGUUGUAUACAGGACUAACAUUAACGUAAAAGAAAAAUACGUGUUUUAAUUAAGAUUUCAGGGAGGUUAAACACGUGUAGUGAGAGGGCGGAGUCGGUGAGGAGGGUAAAGAAUCUUAAGGUUAUUGAAGCUAAUUUGCAUCGUCGCCAAAGUGAAAAGACACGGUGAUUUUUGCAACGGUAGUUUCGGGGUUUUAAUCAGUAAUAGGAGUUUCUGUAUAUUGGAAUUUUCAUUUUCAAAUCAGGUUUCUUGGAAUUGCAUAGUGUAAAAUCAAGAAGUCGAGUUAAAUCUUUAAGUUGGAAUCUGUAAGAACAUUUAAAUCAAUGUUUUAAUUUGCAAGUUGGUUUAUUUCCAACAAUUGCGGUAAGGUUCUGGAAGUAAUUUCUUUAUAUCUAGUGAACAGGACGUCUAUAAUGCAUGUAAAUAAUCCCUUUAAUUGUAACUUAUGCAAAAUGAUAAAAAUGAAUGGUUUGGAGAACAGUUAGCCUUUCAAAAUCAAUUGCAAAUCUUAAUUCAAGUAUGAAGUUGAAUUCCUUUGCAACGUCUUGGUGCAGUCUCAAGACAAACGGCAGUACCUGAUUUUUUUUAGUGUAUUGAAAUUAUUGCAAAAUAUCAGAAUUACUAAUAAUUUGAAAAGUUUGCAGAAACUGAAUAAAAGCUGUCGGUUUUGAACACUAUUAGUAUCACUGGGGUAGGAUGUGUCAACAUAUUUCUAAAAGAAAUGUUAUUGAAGAUUGAUUGAAACCACGACUCGUUUAUUUAAAUUGCAUUUUGCAAAUUUGAGGUCCAGCAUUAAAAUCACUGAGGAAUCUGCAUUUAAAUAGAUUGCAAAUUGUCCUGCAGCUGGAGCACUUCGUUCAACAAAGGCAGUGGAAACAAAACGUUUAUUUCCGUGCAUUGUAAGCUGCUUGGCGUUUGCAGAGCACAGAUCGCUUUUAAACCAUGAAAAUUACAGUAUUGUUAUUUCACAUCUUUCCAAAAUAUAUUUUGCAAAAAUAAAAUGGAGAUAUGAAUGGUGAUUUUGAA